AACCAAUCGUAAUGUGAUGCUCAUUUUAAACCAAAGCGGUAGGUUGUUAAAAUCUCCAGCGAAACUGCAUUCCAAAGGUUCCUUGCAGUGGACCACCACAUUGGAAAUUGUAGCACUCCGGGAGUGUGCAAGAUGAGCGUGAAUGAAAACGUGACGAGAGUCACAACUGGAGGUGACCGCGGCGACUGUCAGAGCGAUGAUGCAAUGGGUGAAGCUAGCGCUGAUCCUGCCACUGCAGAGGUGAGCAAAGGAGUCGCCUGCCUGCCUUCACCCAACAAGACCGCAGCAGGGAGCCAGCAGGCGAUGUACAGCAUCUUGGAGGAGACUCCACCUUGGACUAGAGAGUCAUUUCUGUUUAACAUUUCCUCCUUUCAAGAGGACGUGGGGGCGUCUCCGGUCACCACAGGCCGAUUGACUCCCGGUCUCCGGCGCCUCUGUUUGGACGCGAGCCCCUCCUUGGCUUGGGCGAAGGCUGAAAGGCACAGUCACCUCCACCCAGCUACCUCUCCCACUCUGGAGAACGAGACGCCACCGUGGAUGAAGGCGAGUUUCAUGGACUACUCCGUCACCACACCCACUGAGCCGGCAAACUCCGUGGAAUUGCCCGGUGGUGCUGGCACAGUCAUCACUGUGCCUUUGCCGGACAUUGUCACAAUGAAUGUCCAAAAUGACACUAUGGAUGUGGGGUGUGAAGGCAAAAGUCCUGCUUGUACUCCUCCUAAAGUUGAUUCCACCAGUGCUCAAAACGCAGUGGAUUCGCCUUGUAGGGACAGUCCAGCUUUAGCUAUAGCCAGUACUGAUAGGCAAUCCAUGCUCAUAAACAGUACCAUACAUCUGGCAGGUGGAAGCAACACUCCUGGGUCAGCUAGCGACAUCACAGUUCCUACUGAGGAAAUGAACAGCACCACAAAUCUGACAUCUGGCUGCAGCAGCCCCAGUGUUGCUGGGAGAAAUGUGUCGGCGUCCGCUGAUGAAAUAAACAAAACUACUGAUGUGGCCAACAAUAGCGCUCCGAGUAUUGCUCUGACGCCUGACAUCAACACAUCCACUGGUGAGGGAAAUAACACCAUGGAGUUAGUCUAUAGCGGCAGACCCAACAUGACUGUACCUGCCGGUGCCAGUGCUGCUCUUUCUGAUGUUGUCUUGUCGAAUCGUCAAAUGAAUGGGACGAUGGAGCUGGCGGGCUGUGUUGGUAGCGCCGCUGAUUCGAAGCACGCCGAACAUAAAGACCUCACAGUAGAGAUGGGGAGUGAUUGCAGCCUGAUCAGUCCUGCAGUUUGUCCCAGCAUCUCCAGACCCACUCAAGAGCUCAACGCCACUGUGGAUAAGGAGAAUAAUGGCAAGUCCACCUCAGUUGAGGUCAACACCACCAUGCCUGUUCACCACAGCACCACCAUGCCUGUUCACCACAGCACCACCAUGCCUGUUCACCACAACACCACCAUGCCUGUUCACCACAACACCACAGUGGAUUUUCCACUUGGAGGUGGCACCAAUAGCGCACCUAUGGCUGCCUGUCACAAUGGCACACUGCAUUUGGCAGCUGUUGCCAAAACCCCCGUUGCCACCAAACUUGCCAGGGAGAUGAACAACACCGUAGAUCUGGUGCAGCGCAGAAGCAUCCCAUCGGCUGGACCAAUGAACAGCACUGUUGAGCUGCAGGGCACCACCACCACAAAUGCUUCACCUAGCGUUACUACAGAGGUGCAAGAAUUAACCAGCUCAGUGGUCAGAGGGGUCGGCUCGCCUGCGGCUGUGGUUAACGGCACGGUGAACUUGACGUCCAUCAAUAGCCCGUGCGUUGCUGAGGCAGCGGUCGUUAACAGCACGGUGAACUUGACGUCCGUCAAUAGCCCGUGCGUUGCUGAGGCGGCUGUUGGUAAUGGCACGGUGAACCUGACGCCUAUUGGCAGUCCGUGUGUAACUGGAGCGGCUGUGGUCAACAGCACGGUGAACCUGACAUGCAGCGGCAGCCCUUCUGUAUCGGGCAUACAAAAACUGGACAACACAGUCGAAAUGGAGGUAUCAAAUCCAAGCUCUAGCCCUGAAGUGGUACGUGGCCAUGCAGCAGUCAGUGAAAAAGCAAAUGGUGUCAAUGAAGAAUGCACCAGGCCUGCAUCUGAUACCACAGCUUCUGCUGUUGAACAGGGAAGCGUGGGAAAUGCACAGGCAUGUGCUGGCAACGGCAAUGUGUCCGAUUCAGCCACGCUGACGAUGAACCUUAACCUGUCGGAGGCCGAGGUGACGGUGGAGCGCUCGGCGCCGGAGUCACGGCUGUCGGUCCAGUUCACGCUGGACGACUCUCUGGACCUGCAGGCGUACGGCCUGGUCACCUCCACCCCCAUGCCCGAGCACCGCGAGUUCUCCUUCUCCCGGCCCGCCGACGUCGUCCUCGGCAGAGCCUGCGAGGCCCGCAAGCAACUAGUGCUGCCCGCCAAUGCCAUCAUCAGCACGACAACCACCAACACCACCACGUCCUCCUCCCCCACCGCCAAGGCCACCGGUGGCAGUGACCCACCAGGUGAGGACGGAGCAGGAACCAGCCCUGCUGAAUCCUCGCCCCCCAGCGAGGGCAAAACAGACGUCCAUGCCAGCCUGGCGCAGAGACAGGGAAUGGUGCUCAAAGCCACAGGCAUCACCUUACCCAGAGCAGGAGGGGCUGCAGCGGCGGCCAUGGCAGGACCAAUGGCGGCCGGUGCCAAGUCCUUGGGCCUCCCAGUCACUCGCAGGACCAUCCCCAAACCCACGCGCAGGACUGGUGUGCUGGGGAUGGCCACAGUGGCCAACAACACGGUAGAGGAAAUUCCCGCACCAUCUGGUAUUCCCAGCACUAACAGACUCUCACUCGGAAUGAAGGCAGCAUUGCGCAGUGCUGCCUCUAUUGGUCCAGUACCUCAGCCCGCCCCGGCUCUUCAGAGACGCCUCAGCCUGGCGCCAGUCCUCUCAACACGACUCAAGAAAAAGCCCAACGAGGGAGCCAUCCCCACUGUGAGCAAGGAGGCUGCAGCCAGCUCGGUGCGGCCUUCUCGUGCCUCUACGGGUAUAAAGAGACCGGUCCCAGAGCCCAAAGGAGGCCCAGCCAAGAGGUCGAAAGAAGGUCCAUCUGGAAAGGAUCUCAUUGACGUCCGUUUCCGAAUGACCAAAAACUCAGAUAGUACGCAUGCCUCUGUCAGCAAGGACUCCGCAUCCAUUGCAGGCAGACUACCCAGAACCUCCACUGGAUUAAGGAAAGCUCUGCCUGAGCCCAAGGGUGAACUCAGGAGGCCGAGUGUAGGUCCAGCUGCCAAGCUCCGGUCUGGUCUACUCAUGCAGAAAGGUCCAGUGCUUCCCACCGUGCCUGAAGAUGCCAUAUCCAUCUCCUCAAACCAUACUAUAUCUGCUUCAUUGGUGACUGCCCCCUCGUUGGACAGUGAGGGCACUUACCUGUGCCAGGGGCAAGAGCACCCUGAUCGCAAAACCGAUUGUAAAAACUGUGAAUCUUUACAACGACAAAUCCAACAACAACGUCAGGAGAUUGAAGCAUUGAAGGCACAGUUAUCAAAGGAACAGAGCCCCUAGGAUCUUGUUAAGGGAAACUCCACAGGUGGCAGCAUUGAUCAACUGAAUUUAAUCAAAUGAGUAUCAAUAUUCCAAAAAAAAUGAAUGACUAUAUUUAACAUGUAUCUAUAUGUGUAUGAUUGUACAAAAUAUACUAAUAAAUGUAGUGUUUUAUCUUUGUUUUCUAUUUGAAUUUGUGUAUGGCUCUGAUGCCACACGGUAUUAUUAACACACUUUGUUGUGUCCAGUGGGAGAUCAAGCCAAUAAGUCUGCGGUAGAAUGUCUGAGCACUACAUGAAGCCUGUUUGUUUGUUUUUGUUUGUGUGUUUGUUUGUUGGUUGGUUUUAGAUUCUAAAUAACUCCACUGUACGAACAUGUACCCACAUUAUGCCACCCCACCUGCUGCUAGCCAUAUGUUACCGUGUGUGCUGAAAUAUUAUAUCCAUCCUCCAUUUUUCUCAGUACAGCCAUGAUCUCUUGAAUUAACUGUGCAGGUGAUGUUUUUAAGCAUGUUUAAGUUCUAUGUCUACAUUUUUAGGCUAACUUUUCAGCCUGGAAAAUAAAAAAUAAAAAUAAAACACCUGCCAGUGAUGUAUUUACUGCCUAAAUUAUUAUUAUUAUUAUUUAUUUAUUUAUUUUUUUUAAGAAUAAUCUAAUUUUCCCUGAUAUCACUCAUUCUCUCUGCUACUUUGUCAUAAUGAGUCAUAUGGAACUGUUUUGAUCUCGAGGAGAUCCUCUAGUGUCUAAAGCUCCAGAGCUUGCAUUCUCUAUUGGACAGUAGCUGGUCUGCCCAGUUAACUCAUUGCUGCUGGUUGUCUGUGUUCUUUUUAUUAUCUGUUAUGUUUUAACGUGUACUUACGUACCUUAAUAAAAAGGUUAAAACUA